CUUCUUGGUCCCGUAUCUCAUCAUGGUGCUGCUGUGCGGCAUUCCUCUGCUCUUCGUGGAGUUUGCUAUUGGCCAGUAUACUCGUUUAGGGCCUGUGCAUGCUUUCGCCAAAAUCUGUCCGUUGUUAAAAGGUGAGUGAUUCUCCUGUCAUGUGACCGGGAUUAAUAUCUGACGGAGUUUCCUUCAUUUUCACAGAGUACAUCUUAGUUUUAGGUGCAUGUACACAAAGUCUGCAUACAAAGUGUGACUGUGCAUGCAUAUUAACUUUAUGUAUUUAUUUAUGCAUUAGUGUAGCAAUCUCUUCUAAGUCCAUUAACUUAUUGGUUAAUUAACUCAUCCUUAGCCAGUGUUACUGACAAAAAUAUGCAUCCUGUCUUACCUUUAUAAGUCUCUCAUGUACUUAGAUCACAGGGUUCCUGCAACUGAACAAAGUGCUGAACUGAACAUUUUUAAGAUUGGUAACCAUAAAGAUGCAACUACAAGCCACUGUUGAACAUCAAUUAUUUAACAUCAGUCCCUGAUACCCCAGUUAAUCAAUUCAGUAUGUAAACAAUGAGCCCAAAAGAGACUAUCCCUCAUCAGGACAAUUGCAAUAUAACAGUGUGGUCCUAUUAACUGCUCCAAAUGAUUUUACCAGAAACACAUAUUUAACAUUUAUAACAAAAUGAAAAUGCAUGAUUAGUUUAUUAACGUGUGAGUCGGUAUUCAUAAUAACUUGGGAAUCAUGUCCAACCAGAUAGAAUUUCAAAUUAGAAAUAACAUUCAAGGUUUGGUGUUCAGAACAAGGACCAAACAACAUGUGAGGACAUAACUUAUGGCAUUCCAAACUUUAAUGUCCUCUUCUAAUGUUCUUCUUGCAUUUGAGCUCUACUUCAGUGUAGUCAUCAUUUAAAGUCACUGUGCACUUCAAAGCAUGAACUACACCUGCUUCUGUGUUUAUCUGAAAGUCUAUAUAUUAAUUAACGUGAAGCCAUUUUUCUAGUUUAUCUUGGCCACUUGGCACAGUUUGCAUGUCUCACCCAAUAAAAAAGCUUGUAAAGUCCAGUUUUUUGAGGCUGUAAUGAACCUGCUCCUAACAGAUAUUUGUUUUACUGUUUGUCCAGCUGUACAAAAUGCAAUUUUUAACUUAUCUUAGUGGCUUUUACAUGUUUUUAAGAAAUCUUUGUAAGGAUUUUCUUCACACUGAGAGAUAAGGCAUUUUGAAAAUAUUCAUUAUUUUUUUCAGUAACUACUACAUGAGUUAAAGAUGCACAAGUUUGCAUUUUUGCUGAUAUCCAUAGUUUCCAUUUCAUUAAGGCUUAUGCACAUAUUUUCUUGCAGAUAACUGCAGAGAACAUUAAGUCUCUCUUAUAGUUAAAUUAACAUAUUAUUCCUGUCAUCACUGCCUGGCAGGUGAAGAAAGAAAAUACAGUUCUUUUCAAAUGCUUUUCUGUCACAUUUCAGUGCACUUUACAUAGUAAGGUGGAAAACCUACAGUAUUAUAGAGAGAACAUUAUCUUCUUGAGCAGCACUUGGUGACAUGCUGCAUCCCAUAAUCCUCUAAGCCUGCGCAUUUAAUGCUACAGAUCCAAAGAAAUAAUUAAAUGUAUUACUAUUUUUUUUUCUUCGAGCAAUGAAUUGUUUUCACAUGUUGAUGGAUGAGAACUUGUUAAGCAAAAUUUACAAUCACUCAACUAUUUGAGUCUUUUUUGGACUGUGGCAUGAAAUUCUAAUUUAUUGCCUGAGACCGAAUGUCUUUAAAUUUGUAAGAAAGAACUGAUCAAAUCUUCAAAGAAUACCUUAACUCAAUGUUCCUGAAUUCUGUAUAUCUGAAUGAUAAUCAAGUCAAAUAUGGGUGACUGAACAUGUGCUCUUACAGUCUGCAUUAGUUCAUUAAUCACACUGUGAAUAUCAGACAAAUCAUGCAGCAGUAUAAUGGAUUUUUUGGAAAGCUUACAGUGCUUAUGAAAAAAUUUUACCAUAUAAGGAGCUUUUUGCAAAGUUGUUUUUUUUUACCAAAAUGAACUGAAGUGUGCAGAUUGUGAGAACACUGACAGUCAGCAGCUCACUGUCCAGAUCAAACAAGAGCCCAGCCAUCAACUAUCUCUACGUGUGGGUAUGAAAUGAAAAAUGCUUUCUGUCUUGUUCUAACUGAAGAUUUCUCUCCAUAGUUUUCUUAUCUCCUUAAUGACAGAGAUUUUCUACCCGGUCAAAACGUUUGGGUCCUUCACUUGAUUUAUCGCUCAUUUCUUCCUGGUUAAUGAUCUGUGAUAAACAAGGGCCAAAACAAGGUGUCGGUCUGGCCAUCAUCGUUAUCUCCUUCAUGUUCUCCACGUACUACAAUGUGCUCAUGAGCUGGGCACUUUAUUAUUUAUUCAACUCGUUCCAAGCGACCCUCCCCUGGACGUCUUGCAACAACACCUGGAAUGACGUCGGAAACUGUUCCAGUGGUUUCCCCGGCAACGCCACCCACCUGCAGUCUGCCAGCCAGCAGUUCUUCGAUCGCAGACUUCUGGAGAAGACCAGUGGCAUCGAAGAAGCUGGUGGUCUUCGCUGGGAGCUCUUUGGCUAUCUGUUGUUGGCCUGGGUCAUUGUUUAUUUAUGCAUAUUUAAAGGAGUCAAAUCCACUGGCAAGGUUGUGUAUUUCACCGCUGUAUUUCCAUAUUUCAUCCUGUUCGCCCUACUCAUCAAUAAUGUGCAGCUUCCUGGAGCCAAGAACGGGAUCCUCUACUUUGUGACUCCUGUCUGGGGCAAGCUGUUUGAAGUGAAGGUUUGGGUUAAUGCAGCUGCCCAGGUGUUCAACUCCAUUGGGAUAGCAUUCGGCUCCAUGAUUUCGAUGGCCAGUUACAACAAGUUUGACAACAACAUUCUAAGGGAUGCAUUGAUUGUGUCAUUAACCAACUCAUUCACCAGCAUCCUGGCUGGUUUUGUGAUUUUCUCCUCCGUUGGCUACAUGGCUCAUAUACACAACCUCCCAGUGGAAGACAUAGCCACAGAUGGUCCUGGUUUGGUGUUUGUUGUGUACCCUGAGGUCCUCUCCACCAUGCCUGCCUUUCAGCUGUGGGCUCCACUGUUCUUCUUCAUGCUGCUGUGUCUGGGCCUGGACAGUCAGUUUGCCACAGUGGAGGUCGGUGUGACGUUCAUAAAGGACGAGUUUGGACCCAAAAUACUGCGUUUCCUAAAGAGGGAAGAGCUGAUCGUGUUGUCUGUGUGCAUUAUCUGCUUUGCAUUGGGGAUUCCACACAUCACUAAGGGAGGCAUCUAUGCCUUUCAGUUGAUGGAUCACUACACUGCUGUGGUUUCCCUCGUGUUCCUGGCUUUCUUUGAAGUUGUGGCUGUAUGCUGGAUCUUUGGUGUCUCUCGUGUCUCCUUAAUGGUCAAAAGGAUGCUUGGGAAAACUCCAAACAUCUACUUUCGUGCCUGUUGGCUGCUGCUCUGCCCCAUGUUGGUGCUGUGCAUACUGAUCUCCAGCGUUGUUCAAUACACUCCUGCCCACUAUGGGAAGUACACAUACCCAGUGUGGGCCGAUGGGUUGGGCUGGGGCAUCUCGCUGAUCUCUAUCAUGUGGAUCCCACUUGGCGCAAUUCAAGAGGUCUUUAAUAACAAAGGAUCACUUCUUCAGAGACUUCAAACAGCCAUGAUGCCAACGAUAGACCUGGAUGCUGUGGAUUUCCUGCCGGAAAAACAAAACCUUGAAAACCCAGCAUCAGAAAGACUGUUCACUUCAACGGCAUGACCAUGACCAACACCAUGCCUGCGCUUCUUCAUGCCAAACCCUGUAAUAACACACUGAAGUAUAUUUCCUCAUUCUUCUGUCUUCAUCACAACUUUAUCCAAAGAUGCACUUCAUCCAAGCAUUUGUAUAUUUCUAGUAAAAAAAGUGUGAUCAGACACUCAUUCAAACCAAACACUGAAAUUUAAAUUAUUUUCCUUGUUUUCUCUAUUUUGUGAUAAAGGUCAGUGGGUUUCUGUGGUGCAACCCUGUAACAAUAAUCCAUGUCAGAGGUAAUCUUGGGAUUACACAUUUUUUUUUAGCUUAAAACAUCUAAAAUUGAAUACUUUAAAAGCCACAUUUCCCAGCCAGUUAUGUCAAAAUGGGGUUGAAGAGGCUUUCAAAUCUCUAUGAAGCACAGCAGGGACAUCCAGCAUCCUCUGGCCUCAGUUUUUAUUGCAUCAGCUGGUGUUAUCUGUGUGGUCCUUAACCACACAAUCCAAUGUCUGUUUUUUAAUGUACUACUCAUGCAGUCCUCAUGAACUCUUAAAGCUGAGAAACAUCCAAUAAUUUCAUUAUAUUUACUAGAUAUUUUAGUUUUGGCAGUGAUCACCAGUGAGACACCACCAGAAACACUGCAGUGUGUAAAUAACAGAAGGCAGAUGUAGCUUUUCGAUUGUUUAUUUUUGAUAGCACCCUGAUGUGCUGUCAGUCACAAACCAGAACAGAAACACACAAUGGAAAUGGAUGUAAAACACUUAAAUUCAGUUUGCCAGUUGUCCAUCUUGAGCUAUCGGAGUUGUCUAAACUCAGGUGUUGUAAAACCUAUUCUAGUCUGUCACUGGUAUUUACACGCCAUUCACCGCUGGAGGUCAGCUCCUCGGGUACAAACUUAGAAAUAUCAGACUUUCAUCAGUAGGUCUGACCUCAGAGAAGGUCGAGAGUCAGUUUUAACAGGAGGAGUUCUGCACACAAAAAGGUGCCCUGCAAAUAUCCAGCCUCUGAACUGGGAUGUAGUUUGUGUUCGGGCCCGAAAAAAAAAAAAAGACAGUGACUUUGUCUGAAUGUCGUUCAAAUAAUGUGGAAAACCCUGAACGCAGAUAAGCAGACGUGGUCAAAUUAAAUCAAAAUUUAAAUUAGAGACAUAAAUGCACAGUUUUGAGACUUCAGACUGGGUUUGUAGCACCAUCACUGUUGUCCAGAUCAUCUCACAUUUAAUAGUGAGGUGAUCUAGACCGCAGGUAAAUGUUAUACUUCUGUGUGCUGAAGGUGACGCAGUGCUUUGGUUUUAACUUAUCACCAUGGAUUGAAGAAGGAGUUGUUAUUUUAUUGUAUUAUUAUUAACAUUACUGAAUACCACAACUUCUUUUUUUUUUAAAUAUUAUUUUAACUACUCCCAUCCUCCUGGCAACCCUCAAAAGGAUAAGCUGCAUGGAUUAUUGUUAACUAUCUUGAAGCCUGUAACUCACAAGAGUUUAGAGAUUAUAAGUGGUGCCUUUGAUCUGCUGCUGUAAAGCUGGAUUGGGCUAAUGAGGAAAGAUAAUCUUCAGGAGGAGAAACAAUGAUCAGCUAAUAUGAGAGUCUCUUUGGUUAUGUUGCAGAUUCUAUUGACCCAAAACCUGCAUUGAGUCACUGCCUUUAUAAAAAAUAAAUAAAGAUGUCAAAGUUCUUAACAGAGAAGGAAGCUUCAAAGUUCACUCUGGUGGAACCAUAAUUUAUUCUGGAUCAAGCUUUAACUUUAAGACUGCACCAUACUGCUCAGUAAUGUUUUAAUGUUUCACCUCUUGUGUCUGAGGGUAAAGUCUAGAUUCCGCAUGACAUGCAGAAGGAAAGGUUCAGUCAGUCGGUGUGGGAACUGUAAGCUUUGGGUUCAUGUUAUUAUGCAGAUGAACUACUCUGCUGGAAAUGACCAGAUGUGUCAAUGGAAAAAUCACACUUUAAUGUGAGACUGUCUUUGAGGAUGUUCCCUGCAGAACGUGUUUGGCCCUUUCUGUCUUUCUAGGCAGCUCUUCAAACACUCAGCCGGGAGGUGCCUUUUACUCUGAAAUGUAAUGAGAAUACGCUCCGAUAACAGAUGCACAAAACAUCUGAAAUUGAUACAAGGAAUGAUUUGCGAUGCAUGUUGUUUUUUAAUAUCACACCACCAUUUACUGCUGCGAGGGUUUUGUAUUUGCUUUCAGUCUUGUGCAAACGGCUAAAGGAAUCGUCUUUUUUUUGUCAUGAAAGCUAACGUCACCUGCCUGAUGUGCCUUUCACCACUUUUUAUGUAAUCUGUAUUUCAUUCGACAUUUAUUUAAAACGUUGCACAGAGCACAUGUUGCUGCAAAGAUGCCUUAUUUUACUUUUAUGUCAGCCGUUUAAAAUUGCAAGGAUGAUUUAGAAGCACAUUUACACUACAAUAGGUUAGUGUUUGAGAUUUUUAGAAUUGGAUUUUUAGUUAACUUAAUAGAAAUUUUAAUGGGCUUUUAAUAUAGCCAUGUUUUCAGAAUCUGUAGUCCAACAGUCAAAGGUUUGGACACACCAUCAGUGUUAUUUAUUUAAUUAUUUUCUACAUUGUAGAUUAAUACUGAAGACAUCAAAACUAUAAAAUUAUACAUAUGGAAUUAUGUUGUAAACACAAAAACAUUGAUCUUCAGUAUUAAUCUACAAUGUCAAAAAUAAUGCAAAUAAAUAAAAAGCAUUGAAUAGGACGGUACGUCCAGACUUUUGACAGGUAGUGUAUGUCAGGUUUCAUUUUAACAAAACACCAUUUUUUUUUCAGUGAUUAGUGUCAGUUUAACCUUCCUGCCUGAAAUCUUGUUUAUGUCUGAAGUCAGCUGUUGCAGUUUGUGGUUGAAUGAAAACCUGCAGACCUUCUUUGAUCCGUAAACCAUCACAGCUCAUUUGCCUUUUUAAAUAUUCUCCUGUAACAGAAGCACUUUUCACCUUUGUCCCUCAGUGCUGUUAUUUAAUUUGUUACACUUUUCUGUUAUUGUACAUUAAGUUAGUGGCAAUGCACAAAAAAAUAUGCAAACCUGCUAUUUCUUUGCCAAAUUUACUCUUGAUCUUUCAUAUUAAAGACUGUUUUUUAAAUUUAA